CCUCUAUACCAAUCCCCUCCCCCUCCUCCCUCUACCCCCUCCACGACUCAUCCGACCUGCAAGAGUUCCCUUGGUUUUUCUGCUGGCAGAGACUCGAAAGGAGAUAGACAUCAUGACUGUCUGCUACGAUCAUUCCUCCCUGAGGAGCAUUGCUCCCGCCUCCGUCGCCUCUCUUGAAGACCGAUUCGAAGUCAUCAAAGAGGUUGGUGAUGGCAGCUUUGGUAGCGUGGCUGUCGCACGUGUACGGACAGCUGGCUCCAAUGUUGCACGAAGAGGAACCAUGGUGGCGAUCAAGACGAUGAAGAAGACAUUCGAGUCGUUGGGCCCUUGUCUGGAGUUGCGUGAGGUCAUCUUUCUGCGGACCCUUCCACCCCAUCCCCACCUGGUCCCGGCCCUCGACAUCUUCCUCGACCCGCUUUCGCGCAAACUGCAUAUCUGCAUGGAGUACAUGGACGGCAAUCUCUACCAACUAAUGAAGGCUCGUGACCACAAGCCCCUGGAUCAGAAGCACGUCAAAAGCAUUCUCUUCCAAAUCCUGUCUGGUCUCGACCACAUCCACGCUCACCACUUCUUCCACCGCGACAUCAAACCCGAGAACAUCCUCGUAUCUACAUCUGCUCCGAACGACUCCGCCUUCAGCCGUUACUCUAACCUCGUCACUCCUCCUUCCACUCCUCCCACUUACACCGUGAAGAUCGCCGAUUUUGGUCUGGCACGCGAGACACACUCGAAAUCCCCCUAUACGACCUAUGUCUCGACGAGAUGGUACCGCGCCCCCGAGGUCCUGUUACGUGCCGGGGAGUACUCCGCGCCAGUGGAUAUGUGGGCCGUUGGUGCCAUGGCAGUUGAGAUCGCAACCCUCAAGCCACUAUUCCCCGGAGGCAAUGAGGUUGACCAGGUGUGGCGCGUGUGUGAAAUCAUGGGCAGCCCCGGUAAUUGGUACAGUAAGUCUGGGGGCAAGCUCGGAGGUGGUGAGUGGAGAGAGGGCUCUCGCUUGGCUCAGAAGCUGGGUUUCACUUUCCCCAAGGUACGAACCAUGACCACCGGUGCAUCAGUUCGCCCGAUCAAGGCACUAACGUUAUAUCAGAUGGCCCCUCAUGCGAUGGAAAGCAUUCUCCAAGCCCCUCAGUGGCCUGUUGCCCUCAGUCAGUUUGUUACCUGGUGCCUGAUGUGGGAUCCUAAGAACCGGCCGACGUCUACUCAGGCAUUGAACCAUGAGUACUUUGCCGAUGCUAUUGAUCCGUUGAGACCGAAGUCUUCGACUGCUCGCCUCUUGGGUCGCAAGCACUCCGAAAAGGUCCUCAAGAGUGCGACUCGGGAGCAGAGCGACUCGCCCACACUCACCUACAAGGCGUCUUGGUUCAGGAGAUCGUUGAUCGGAAGGUCUGAGAGUCCGGUCCAGCCCACGGAGAACGAUCAUGCCGCCAAACCAAGCGUCACCUCCUAUCCUUCGGAGCUGCAGCCGAGCAAGAUCAGACCCCCGCCUAUCAAGCGGGCUACCUGGGCCAAUGGCGCUCCCAUGCCUAUUCUGCCUUCGAUUCGACCCGUAUCCCCCUUGUCCAACGCAGUGACAGCGCAAGCGAAUGCAACCCUGGCUCACUCUGGCGACAGCGCGGGCAAAGCCAGCAAGAAGAUCGGCCGGCAGUUGUCAGUCAAUUCGAACGGCAAUCACUAUGCCGAUAUUCACAGGCAGGAGGCGGAGAGGGCCCUCAAUGGCGGAAGCGCAGUCAUCACGCCGAAAGAGAGCUUCUUCUCUCACUUGCGCAAGCGUGCUCGUCGGCUAUCUGGACGCAACCAGGGCAAUGUCUCUGGCGAUGAUGUGGAAUCCAACGCUGGAUGCAUGCCUUGGUCAAAUCGUUCCUCGCUGGCUCUGGACUCUGUCAACGUCAGCGAAUCCAAGUCCACCUCCGACUUUGCGGAACUGGACAAGGCCCUGCAGAGUGUGAGGCAUUCUCUUGAUUCCAACAACCGGGGGAAUGUUCCUGUGCAGAUCACCACCCAUGUGGAUGGUACCAAGCGCCAGUCCAUGCCCCAAGGAUCCAUCCGGACAAUGGGCGACAGCCCCGUCUCAACCAGUGGUACUGGAGGGCCCAUCUCCAGCCGGACUAGGCGUGCAAUGCAGAUGUCUAACAACCCCAUUCACCGUUACGAAACUCCCGAGGAAGAGGAUGAGCUUCUUGACGAAGUGCUUCAUUCAGCCAGCAAAGCUGCUCGGCGACUAGCACAGGCUGAUAUCACCUCCGACGGCUACAGCCACGCAGCUGGAGGUAAUGACAGCGGGCGUCCAUUGCCAAGCCCUUAUCCAACUCCAUCGCCUUCCGCCAACUGCGAAGGUGGCUUCUUCGGCCCAGAGACAACUCCAUGUCGACGACUCCCAGCCGAGAAGACAGAAGCAAACUCCAACCGCCAAUGGCCCACACCGCCUUACGACGAAGCCGAAUGGACCAAGUCGGCUUCGGCUACCACCAAGUUCAUGACCGGAUCAGCAACUUAUCGGUAGCUUCGGUUCGGCGGGCCAUCGCACUUUUCUUUUUAACUCAUCAUCAUCUUCCGUUGAAUAUGCUUGCAUCUACACCAAAAAGUCAGAAAAAUGAGUGGUCAUGCGCGUAACCGGCAAUUUCACCGAGCAAGGCGUACGGGAUCUGGUGUCUACUGUGUGAUUUUAUCUUGUGUGAGGACUGGCAGCCUUUUUCUCUUUCAUCUUUCAUCCUGCGCUUCAUUUCCCAUACCCGUUUGUAUAGCC